UACAGCUUUCUUACCCAGUGGCCGCUCUCUGGCUUCUCGAGCUGAAGUUGACUGUGCUCUGUAAAGCUGACCACAAAACCUAACAGUGUGCUGAAGAUGUAGUUCCGUGCUGGAGCACUGGCCCAGCACGAGCGUCCCUGGAUUCAAUCUCCAACACGGAAGAACCAGUCUGCAGACUGAGAGAAGCAAACAUUCUAUCAGAACCCUGAGCGUCUGGAUUCUGGGUCCAGUGGCAGCCGGGGGGCAUCAUGUACAUCAUCCUCGCUGUGACGGUCUGGAUGGCUUCUUCUGUUUCUAGUUCUUCAUACACAGCAGACACUUUGCCAGAUAUAACAAAUGAGGAUUUCAUCAAAGAAUGCGUUCACAUUCACAACCAACUUCGGUCGAGAGUGACCCCAACAGCCACUGAUAUGCUGUACAUGUCUUGGGACCCAAAGCUAGCCCAAAUUGCAAAAGCAUGGACAAGUGUUUGUCGAUUUCAACACAACCCACAGCUUGGAUCACGUCUACACCCAAACUUCACUGGAGUGGGAGAAAAUAUCUGGACUGGAUCUUUAAUCCUCUUUUCAGCAUCUUCAGCUAUCAAAACGUGGUACAAUGAAAUUGAACACUAUGACUUCAGCACUAAGAAAUGCACCAAGGUCUGUGGCCAUUAUACCCAGGUUGUUUGGGCAGAUAGUUACAAGAUUGGCUGUGCAGUGAAAUUUUGCCCUACAGUUUCUGGCUAUAAUGGUAUUUCUAAUGCAGCACAUUUUAUAUGCAACUAUGGACCAGGAGGAAAUUACCCCACGUGGCCAUAUAAACAAGGAACCACUUGCAGUAAUUGCCCAACAGAUGACAAGUGUCUGAACAAUCUCUGCAUUAACCCACGACGAGACCAGGUCUCACGUUACUACUCUGUUGUAAAUCCAGACCAGCCCAUAUACCUUCGUAACAGAUACACAUCUCUCUUUCUCAUCGCUAAGUCGGUUCUUCUAAUACUGUCUGUUAUAAUUACCAUUUGGGUGAAGCACAAAUACCCUAAUUUAGUUCUUUUGGACUAAUGCCAUGGUUGGGGGUGGGGAAACUUAUUUAUAUGUGGCUAUUUUAAAAUGUUUGAGGAACUGGUUCAAUAAAGCCUUAGUCAAAAGAA